CCUCGGACCUGACGCCCGUGAGGGCGGGGCACCCCCGAUAUGGCGAUGAAGAGCCGACCCCGCGCAGCGUACCCCGCCGGCCCAGGAAGAAUGCGUUUUCGACAUUUCCGUCGCUGCGGAGGCCGGAGAGUAGUGGACGGUGGUCGUGAAACGCGGCCGGCGACGGCAGCGCUGCCGAGCAGGUAUAUUAAGGCCUCGGCUCCGUCGUCCGUCGUCAUUCUUUUUUUUCGGUCCGCUCGAGUCUGUCCGUCCUGCCAUCAUUCUGUUCCAAGUUUUUCCCGACCGCGCACCAACGCGUUCCGACGUCGCCGUCCGCGUGGACGCUGCUCCCGUCGAGCGACACAGCAAUAUCCGUGGAUGAUCGUCGUCAUUAUUCACGACGCGACCGAUGCCGAAGACGACAGCUGCUGCUACCGACACCGUUUUGGAUCAUUGACGCAUCGACGUUUCGAAUCCGAGGGAAAAACGUCCGGGACACAUAUUCUACGUCGCUCCCCCUCGUUCGCCAUAACACUUGUUUCCACCCGCUGUAGUUUCGCCGUCCCGAAUCUGGAAAACCGCAUCACACAAGAUGGCUACACCCCCAAAUGAUAAACCUGUCUCGCAGAUUUUAAAAUUUGAUCAUCAUAUGUCAAACAGAUCUCCAAUCAUUUUGAAUAAUUCAUAUCCUAUAACUGAAUCUGUUUCUGAUAAUAUAUUUCAGCCAAUGUCUAGACCAACUUUUGGCGAAGAACUGCCUUCUUGGGAUUUGACCUCAUACAAAAAUCGCUUAAAAACAUUUGCUGGAGUUUGGAAACUACAAUUUAUAACCCCUACUCAAAUGGCCAAAGCUGGAUUAUAUUACGUUGGCCCACAAGAUCGUGUUAGAUGUACGUUUUGUUCUUCAGAAUACGAUUAUUGGCAACCUGGUGAAGAUCCGUCUGCUGAACAUAAAAGGCAGUCUCCACAUUGUGCAUUUUUUAAUGACUCUUCUGAUGGUUAUGAUGUGUGUGGAAUUUAUACGUCGGGUCCUGGUGAGUUACCAAAGUUACAAGAUUAUUUAGAAUCUGUGGGUAUUCUGCAAGAAAUGAAACCACCUGAGCACAAGGAUUUGGCCACCUUAGAAGCACGCUUACAAUCCUUUGAAAAAUGUUUGAUACCAUUAAAACAAAAUAUUCAAACUCUAUGUGAAGCGGGAUUUUAUUAUCAAGGCACUGGUACAAAUGACAGUAUGCGUUGUUAUUACUGUGAUCAAGGUCUUAUAGACUGGGAUGAUUACGAUGAACCAUGGACAGAACAUGCCAGAUGGUCAAACACUUGUAUUCAUGUGUUGUUGAAUAAAGGGAAAAACUUUAUUGACGAAGUAUGUGGUCUGAAAAACACAAAACUAAAAGCAACGGAAGUACGCAAGUGGAUUGCUGAACAUAAGGAUACGUCUAUCAUUGAAAAUAAUAUGAAAGUGAAUUCGACAAAAAUAAAACUUGAUGAGCCAGAAAUUUCCAACAUGCGUCAAAUCAAAAUAACAUCUGUUGAAAACCUACAGCUUUGUGAAAUGCGAGAUCCUAAUACAAUGCCAGAUUCUAUGCUGUGCAAGAUUUGCUAUAAAGAAGAAAUGAAAGUGGCUUGUGUCCCUUGCGGCCAUGUUGUCGCCUGCAUUCAAUGCGCUCUAUCACUCGAACAUUGCGCUAUGUGUAGACAGCCGAUGGACCUGCUUAUGAGAGUUCACUUAUCAAUGGAUGAAGAAAAAGUUAACAAUGUCGAACAGUUACCGUGCAGUUCAUCACAGUGUUUAGAUGCACAAUUAGACCCAAUGCUUUGCAGAGUAUGUCACGAAGAAGAAAUGGCAGCGGUAUUUAUACCCUGUAGACACAUUUAUGCCUGCGUCAAAUGUGGACCAAAUAUGAAUGAGUGUCCGGUGUGUAAAGAAGGUAUAGGUUGCUCUAUUCAAGUAUACUUAUAAGGCUUGUAAAAUCACUGCGAUGAAUUGUGUGGUGAAAACCAUGCUAUUAUUGUGUGGUGAAAACCAUACUAUUAUUGUAUGGUGAUAACCAUACUAUUAUUAAAUUUCAAUUUGGAUAAUUAAUUUCAGUUUUAACAUCUUAUUUUAUAAUGAAAUAUAACAAGCAUGAAAGUGUUAAAUAAAUCAAUGGUAGCUCUUAAGGCAGAUAUUCCAAUGUAUCUAUAGUUUCUUUGUAAAUAAAUAUUUUUGGUUUUUAGUUUUA